AUGGCGACCACCGUGCCUGUCACCAUGGACACGCUCAUCACCAUCAAGAUCUCCAUCCAGGGGAGUAACCGGAAGUUCAAGAUCCCCAUGAGGGACUUGGGCGCCGGCGUCCUGCCUGGCAAGCUCCGCCAGCUCCUCAACAUUCCUUCCAACCAAGACGUCGUCUUCGAGCGCUUCUCCGACAGCGCUGGCGCCUACAUCACUCUCGAUCCCGAGAAUCCUCAAGUAUACAAGACGCUUUUCCGCGCUGCAAAGGCCAAGUUGAAGCUUCGCCUGCGCGCCACCAUCGUCGAGGACCAGGCCGAGAACAAGCCCGUGGACACGUUCCACUCCAUCCUCGAGGCUGGUAAGGCCAUGCCUCCCAUCCCGCUUCCCGUUCGCACCGCACCCGCACUUCCGCCGCAGCCUCAGCCUCAGGCUCAGCCUCAGGCCACCUCCCCUCCGCCACCCCAGCCUGGCCCCACGAAUACCGGCACUAUUCCGCUCUACCCGUACGCAAGGCUCCCCGCGUUCCACAAGACGAACAUGCGGACUUCGAACACGCCGCCCGUGCCGGCACCUGCACCCACCGAGCCCGAGCGCCCGGUUGACGCCGAAGGCGAGGCACCCGUGCCGAAGCCGUUCUCUGCGCGCGAUACCUUCUUCUCUGAGCUUGCCAACAUGUCUCGUGAGCGCGAGUUGGCUCUCCGUAUGAAGGAGUCGACCCCGGCGACCCUGUUCUCUUGGUCCGUCUACUGCAAUGUCUGUGACAAGCCCAUGUCCAACGAGCACUACCACUGCAGCAUUUGCGACGAGGGCGACUAUGACCUCUGCGAGAACUGCGUUGCCUCUGGCCACCACUGCCCCGGUGAAGGUCACUGGCUGAUCAAGCGUUUCAUCAAGAAUGGCAAGGUCACCAACAGCACCACCGAGAGGGUUGCUCCCAAGCCCACGGAGGAGCCGGAGCCUGAGCCCGUGCCUGAGGUCAAGGUCGAGCCCGAGGAGAAGGAAAUGCCCGGUGCUUUCACUACCGAGAAGUUCAUGGCCGAGAAGAAGCCUGAGCCCGUGGAGCCGGAGCAACCUACUCGCACCUGCAACUCGUGCGUCAAGGUCUUCCCCGAGCGCAACUUCGUCACCUGUGUCGAUUGCGAGGAUUACGACCUCUGCAUGUCGUGCCACGUCGGCUCUCAGCAUGGCCACCACCCGGGUCACGCUUUCAAGCCUGCCGAGGCCGGCACCAUUGGACCUCUGGCUGAGUUCCUCUGCGCUCCUGGCCGCAACGUCCGCCACGCUGCUGUUUGCGAUGGGUGUGAAAAGUUCAUCUACGGCGUCCGCCACAAGUGCCUGAACUGCCCUGACUGGGACUACUGUGCCGAGUGCAUCAAGGGUGCCAAGCAAGCUCACCCGAUGCACCGCUUCGUCCCCAUCUUCGACCCUCUGCCGGAGCCCCGCACCCACUCGGUCCGCCACUUCGGUAUCUACUGUGACGGCCCACUUUGCAAGGAUAAGAUGAACCAGACUUACAUUGAGGGCGUCCGUUACAAGUGUGCGGUCUGCUAUGACACCGACUUCUGCGCCAACUGCGAAGCUCACCCGAGCAACCGCCACAACCGCACUCACCCCACCAUCAAGUUCAAGACUCCGGUGAGGAACGUCAGCGUUACCACCAUGGGCGAGGACAAGAACGGCGCCCCUCUUCCCAACCUUGGCGAUGUGUCUCCCCGCAGGCCUUCGUCGGUGGCCUCGGCCUCUGCCAAUGCCGCCACCCAGGUGCGCACCAUUGCCGACCUCAAGCCCAGCGAGGACAUUGCUUCCAAGUCUGCCAAGGUCCAGAUUAAGGACCUUCUCGCUGAGCCCAUUGACGAGAAGAUCCAGGUGGAGGACCUUCUUGCGAAGGCUGCGCUCACUCCCAAGUCUCCUGAGCCUGUUCAGGAGAAGGCUGUUGUGACGUCCGACCUCCAGGCCCACUUCAUCCGCGACACCAUCUGCGAUGGCACCAAGAUUCCUGGCAACUCCAAGUUCCUCCAGGUCUGGACCCUGCGCAACCCUGGCCCUCAUGCUUGGCCUGCUGGCUGCUCGGUUCGCUAUGUUGGUGGCGACAACAUGCUCAAUGUUAACAACGAGCACCCUUGCAGCACCACCGACAUUGCGGAGGCCACCGAGAGCAACGUCAUCGGCCGUGUUGUCAUGCCCGGCGAAGAGAUCUCUUUCAGCGUUCUGAUGAAGGCUCCGGCUCGUGAGGGCGUUUGCAUCUCCUACUGGCGUCUGAAGACGGCUGAUGGUACUCCCUUCGGUCACAGGCUGUGGUGCCACAUCGAGACCACGAAGCCUAUUCCUACUCCUCUCCCUGUUGAAUCGCCUCAGUCCACGGAUGCUGAGCGCACUCUGGCUCGUCUGAGGGAGCUGCGCGAGCGUCGCCAGUCGAGGGUCCAGGAGACGGAGAACCAUCGUGCUCUCCAGCGUGAGGCUAUGCAGGCUAUGGUCAGCCGCAUGCAGAGGCUCCACGAGGCGCAGGAGCAGAUGAAGCAGCGCCAGAAGGUCUUUAGGCCCGAGCUUGCGCAGAAGCAGGCCGAGCGUGUCGCCGCGGCCCCUCCCAAGCCGACGGUGGAGGAUGCUCCGGAGGCUGACUCUGCGGAGGUCCCGGCCAAGCAGGAGACGGAGGUCAAGCAGGAGGCCGAAGUCAAGCCCGAGGCUUCGUCCUCGGAGGGCAGCCAGAUGAUCUUCCCUACUCUUGAGAAGGAGUCCCCUGUGAACAGCACUCACGUUUCCAGCCCGCCCGUUGAAGCCGACAAGGCUACGAACGCUCCCUCUUCGGUUCGUGACGAGACCGAGAUAUUCGAAGACGCCGAGACGGUCGAUCUCGUCUCCAGCGAUGACGGCUUCCUCACCGACGAGGAGUACGACGUGCUCGAUGCCAGUGAUUCGGAGUUUCCUGCGUGA